UGAUUUAUUAUAGUUAACACACCUUUCCCAUCCGUGAUUUGACUUGUGUCCUGUCCUGGUUUUGUUUGCCGUCAUGCUAGACCUCUUAUGGGUUGUCCAGUGAUGCUGUCGUCGUGUGCGGGAUUCUUUUAUUGAAUGCCACCCAUUUUGGUCAUCUUGUUGUUCAUAUCACAUCAAAUUAGUAUCACAUAAAUAUUGCCCUUAAUAACUUAAUUGUUAUCUUAUCAGUGAUUUACAUGAUGAUUUACACAUCUAUCAUUUUGCAAUAUACCGUCUUCACCGAAAGCAGUAAAGUUAGAACGGGCAAGUUCAGACAAUUUUACAGACAAUACUUGUUUUAUAAUAAUGUCAAAGCCUCUAGUUGUGGCAGCAAUCGACUUCGGAACAACUUUUUCAACAUGCGGAUUCUCGUUCAGACAUGAAUAUGAAUCUGAUCCAACAAAUAUCACGGCAAAACAAUGGACAGGAUUGAAGUCGGCUGUAUCACUAAAAGGACCAACAUCAAUUUUGAUAAAUCCUGAUGGACAGACAAUUGACAGUUUUGGUUUUGAUGCUGAAGAUAAGUAUGCCGAACUUGUAGAAAAAGGUCAACACAAUGACUGGUAUUUCUUCAAGAGAUUUAAGAUGCAGCUUUAUGACAAAAUUGGGAUCCAAAAUGAUUUUACAGUUAAAGAUGCAAGUGGUAAAUGUCUGAUGGCAAAGACUGUGUUUUCAUUGUCUAUAAGGUACUUUAAAGAUGAUCUAAUAGACAUGAUGUCAGAGAAACACAUUUUUGUAGGAGACUUGACAGAAAAUGUCAUAAUGUGGGUUUUAACAGUUCCUGCUAUAUGGAAUGAUACAGCUAAGCAGUUUAUGCGUGAAGCUGCCGAAAAUGCCGGAAUAAGGCAUGAGCGUCUCAUCAUAGCUCUUGAACCGGAAGCUGCAUCUGUUUAUUGUCGUUUACUUCCAACAACAAGAAAUCAGGACUCCGUCGGACAAUUACCAAGCGGGAGUAAAUAUAUGAUACUAGAUGCAGGAGGAGGAACGGUUGACAUAACAGUGCAUGAAACGACGCAAACUCGUGAACUCAAAGAAAUAUACAAGGCUAGCGGAGGAGAUUGGGGUGGCACAAUGGUUGACAGAGCUUUCGAGGAGUUUAUCUCUGAAAUUUUGGGUAGUGAUGUAAUGAGAACGUUAAAAGAAGAAGAAGUAGAAUCAUAUCUCGAUGUGAUGAGAAAUUUUGAAGUCAAGAAGAGAUUAACGAAAAAAGAUACACAAGUAACUAUGCACAUACCUACGUUUUUGACAAAUGUUCCAGAAAAAAAAAGAGAUGAAUAUUUUAAAAAUAAAAUAUCCGAGGCAGGCUACGAUGAGGAAAACGUAAGCAUAAAACGUGACAAACUGAAACUUCAUUCAGAUGUCAUUAAAGGUUUUUACCAAAGGUCUCUGGACAAUAUAACGGAUCAUCUUACUUUCCUAUUUCAAAAACCGGAGCUAACUGAUUGUGAUAUAUUACUUAUGGUAGGUGGAUAUUCGGAGUCGCCUUUGCUUCAACAACGUAUCAAAGAGACAUUUCCAAACAUGAAAAUCGUUGUUCCAUCGGAUGCUGGGUUGGCUGUACUUAAGGGCGCUGUAAUAUACGGCCACAACACUUCCGUGAUUGCACAGAGAGUUUGUAAAUAUACAUAUGGGAAUGGCUAUGCGCAUGAAUUUAGUCCUGAUUGUGAUCAUCCGCCCACAAAGACGUUCUAUGCAAACGGUGUUAAAUGGUGUGCUGAUUUAUUUUUUGCGCAUGUUCAUGCAGGGGAUGUUAUUCAACUAGGAGACGAACGCGAAGUACAUCAGUUUUUGCCAAUCGUACCAUGGCAAACGGAAAUAUAUAGUUCUAUUCACUGUACAAAAGAGCGAGAUCCUGUGCUAGUUACGAGUCCAGGUUGUGUGAAAUUGGGAUAUAUUACCUUACCAAUACCUGAUACGACUGGUGGGCGUUUUAGAAUCAUUGAUUUGAGUUUUCUUUUCGGUGGAACAGAAAUAGAAGUUAAAGCGAAAGACCCAAGAGACGGGACAUUUAGGAAAGUGAAAGUUUCGUUUUGGGGAUAACUUUGGAAAUGUGUAGCUACUGAAGGAAGCUUUUGCGUCAUUGACAAACACUCAUCACAGAAAAUGGCUGACAGAAUUGACUGCUAUUGAAGUACAGCAUUUAUUUUUUGCCUUGCUUUUUACCUUUAAAUGUCGGGUUUCUUUUAUUUUUAUGGACUUUACUGUAUGAACGGAAAAUGGAUAACUAGUUUAUCAAAUAGAAUAUCCAGGUGUAUAUAUAUAUAUAGAAAAUAAACAUGUAUGUGGUAAUCUUGAAAAAUCUGUAUGAUUAUAUGUUUAACUUUUUUUAGUUAUAAACACUGAAGUCAGGUACAAACUCUACAGAACAACAAGAUUUUGGAAACAGAUAUUUUUACUGCUGCUGAAAGGCAUUCCUCUAAAAGAGUUUAAAGAAAUUGUGAAGUAUUUUCUUUGUUAUAAUUGAAACUGUAAGUUUAAAGAGGAAAUUGCUCUAUAUAUCACAUGCGUAGUAGCUGACAUUCGCAAAAGUAAGCAGACAAUCCGAUACGAUCUAGUAGUUUCUUUCUUCUCAAUAAUAAUCAUCCAAUUAAAAUUCAGACUUUGAAAAUAUACAAAAUUAAUAAAUUGAAUUAUUCAAACGGUCUAAAACAAUAUGACGAUAGUUUUUUAGCUCGACUUUUUUUUUUGA